ACUAGGCCACUACAAAUCCCUCCCUUUGGGUCCGGCGAUUCUUGUGUUUUCCGGUGGUUUUCGUUUUGAAAUCUUAGAAAUUCUUGAUAUUCCGGCAGACUAAAUGGGUAGCCUUCCGUUGCUAGAUGGCGUCUCGGGGGAUCCGUUUUUGCAAUUAUGCGUCGACGGGAGCUUUUCGCCGGCGGAGGCAGGCCGGGGAGUGCGGACAUCGGAAGGGGGAAACGGCGGCGAGGAUGGGAUUGAGCUCAGCCUGGGGCUUUCACUGAACGGGAAAUUCGGGCUCGACCCGAACAAAGCCCAGAACAUGAAACGCGCUUGUUCUGUGUCUAAUUUGCCCGAAGACGGGGUGGCGCGUGCAAUCUCAACCCACGCGCCGUUAACCCGAGCGUGCUCCUCCCCAGCGGAGGCGGAGACAGAGGAGUGGAGGAAGAAGAAGAAGGACGCUCAGAUGCAUAAGCGUCUGGAAGCGAAGAGGAAACGGAUGGAGAAAAUUAACAGCACGAGGAAUGUCAGGGGGAAGUUGGACAAGGAAGAAGAAGAUGGGAAUCCAUUAUUGCCUUCACAUUCACCUGGUUCUUCACUCUCUCAAGGGAGUGGUUCUUCUGGAAUCUCUGAUUUUGAAAGCCAACCUUUACCAGUUUCUGGCAAAAACAUGGAAGCAAGAAGCCCGAGUGUGCAGUCGGAGGAGGAGCCCAUUCCACCAGUCACAGUUCCAGAACCUGCAGUCAAGAAGGAUUCUAGUCUUCAAGAUUCCUCCCCGAAGGACAACAAUGGAGUCCUCAGAAACCUAAUGAUGAACAUGCCCUGCGUUUCUACGAAAGGCGAGGGGCCCAACGGGAGGAAGAUCGAAGGGUUCUUGUACAGAUACAAGAAAGGGGAGGAAGUGAGGAUAGUGUGCGUUUGCCACGGCAGCUUUCUCACGCCGGCGGAGUUUGUGAAGCACGCCGGAGGCGGUGACGUGUCACACCCUCUGAAACACAUCAUCGUCACCCCUUCUUGUUUCUUCUGACUCCUGACGCCGACGAGCAACGGCUUUUGUACUGCUUUCCAGACUCCGAAAUCGGAGUAUGAUUCUUAUCAAGGAAUUAGGGUUUAAGACUAAUGUUUGGAUUCUGUGUUUUUUUCUUUUCUUGUAUGUGAACGACGGAGCUGGCAAUGGCUCUCAGUUAUCUCAGUAGAUUUUGAUUUUGAUUGACAGUUUUCCAGAGUUAGUUUCUUUAUGCAUUACCAAUUGUACAGAAUUCAGAUAUUUGGCAUGUAAUUGGAAAAAAAGAAUGACUCUUUUU